GGGCAGCUUCGAGCAGUCUCUGCCUCCUUUCUGCUCCUGGCCCCGGGAACUGAAAACCAGUCUAGCAGGUUUGGCCAAAAUUAUGUCUUGUUCCCAAGCAAGUUCACAGCGCUGGCUUCUAUCUCGCAGGCGGGAGGCUCCAAAUCGGAACCAAGGGGAGGGCCACGGACGUCGAUGCGGACGAGGGGCCGGGCUGGAACCCAAGGGGCGGUCGAGGCCGGGGGCCUGUCCCUGCACCUGGAGCACAGAGGGGCCUGGGCCAGCGCUGUGGGGAGCCAUGGAGAGCUUCGUGGAGUCACUCAACAGGCUGAAAGACAUCCACGAGAACGAGGUCAUGGGCCUGCAGAACAAGCUUCUGGAACUGAACUCAGAGAGGUGCCGGGACGCCCAGAGGGUGGAGGAGCUGUGUGCCAAGAACCAUCAGCUCCGGGAGCAGCAGAAGGCUCUGAAGGAGAACCUGCGUGCGCUGGAGAACAGGCUGCGGGCUGGCCUGUGUGACCGCUGCAUGGUCACCCAGGAGCUGGCCAGGAAGAAGCAGCAGGAGUUCGAGAGCACCCUCCUCCAGAACCUGCAGCACGUCUUCCUCCUCACCAAUGAGCUGACCCGGCUGCAGGAGGAGAACGACACUUUGAAGGAGGAGGUGAAGCGGCUUCGGGGUCCAGGGCCCAAGCCCCCGCUCAGGGAGGGCUCCUCAGACCCCCCAUCGCCCCGGCUGCCCCCCUCCCUGGGCGCCCAGAAGGCCACCACGGAGAAGCCGCUGGGAGGCCACGAGGAGAGAGAGGACAACCACCCAGAAAGGCCGGUGGGGUACAGGACGUCUCCCGUGGCCAAAAUCUCCCCGGGGGCCAACCUGCCCGAGCCCCGGGCCCCGGACAUGAGCCCCCAACACAUCUCCAACCAGCUGCACGGGACCAUCGCCGUGUUGCGGCCGGGGUCCCGGGCCUGCUCCGCCAACCGAGGCUCGGCCAAUGGGACGCCCCCUCUGCCGCCCCCCAGGAGCAGCCCACCCAGCCCACCUUGCGGGCACAGCCUCCCUCUGGACAGCUUCCUGCAGCCCUCACAGCCCGCGGCCAAGACCUGUGAGUCCCUGAAGCAUCCCCUCCCGGCUGAGCGCCUCUGCCUCCUGAACCGCCACCUGGCCCUGCACCUUCGGAGCCCCUACUGCAGUCCCCGGGCCCCUGCCGCAGCCCCCAGUGGCCCCCAGCCCCAGGGCCUGAAGACUGGGGAGGCCGAGGCCUGGGAGGAGCCAGCAGACCUGCUGGGCCUGCCGGGCACCCUGGCAGGCGUGCGGGAUUCGCAGCUGGAGGGGGCGCUGCACCUGCUCCUGGCCCAGCAGCUGCGGGCACGGGGGCGGAUGCGUGGGCCCAGGAUGAGGGGCCAGCCAGUGCCGGGGGAGCCGCCACCCUCUCCGCCCGCCAGCUUCAACUCCGAGGGACCCGAGGGCGAGGCGGCCAGGACAGCAUUGCCCAGAGGGCGGCACCCACAGCCCACAGCCCCGGGCAGCCCCAGUGGGAAGGAGGCCACAGCCACACAAGACAGUGCCCCAGACAAGCCCCUGGACCUCUCAGAGCGGGGCCGGGGCCGGGACAGCACCCCCAAGCCUGCCAGCCUGUUGGGGUCCCUCAGCCCCCCGAUUGCCCACACUCCCAGCCCCAAGCCGCCCCAGGGAGCAGAGGCACCUGGUCAGCCUGGAGCCCAAGGACUCAGCAAUGGCACCAAGGGGGCCAGAGGGCCGGAGUCGGAAGGGCCUCCAACGCCGGCGGUGAGGGCCCCAGCCCUGUUCCUGGCCUCCACCCAGAGCAUCCGGCUGCCCCAGGGUGCUGUCAGCCCCACCCAGCCAGCUCCCAGUGCGCCCAGCCUGGUGCACCCUACACGCACAUGCCGAGCCCCCGCUGCAGCCCCCAACAGGGUCCAGGGCUGCCCCGAGGCUGGUCUGGGGGCAAGGAGGUGGCCUCACGUGAACUCAGGUCACUCUCUGCCUCCCCCCAGGAUCCCCCACGUUGUCUCCCAGGGCCCCACCCCAGCCUGCCCUCUCCCAGUGGCACAGAUGAGGACAGAGGGCGCCCCAAACCGCCCCCCCGCUCGCAGAGGCCAGAGGGAGAUGGCUGCCCAGGUGCGGAUGAGUCGGGGGGACACGGGGAGAGGAACCACGGCGAGGAGAGAGAGCUCAAAGCCGACGUGCGGCAGCUGGAGUCGGAUGAGCUGGACGCGUCGGACGCCUCCGACAGUGAGGUGGGCCUGGACGUGGAGGCGGGGGCCUCGCGGAGCGCCCCGGGGGAGGGGCCCAGCUGCUUCUGCGCCAAGGAGCGUGGACGGGGCCUGCAGCAGAAGAGGAAGAGGGCCUCGGACCCCGACCCAUGGAGCAAAGCCUCCAAGAAGCCGUCCUGAGGAAGAAGGAGUCUGGGGAGCCAGCCCCUCAGCCAGCAGCUGGGAAGAGACCCAGGGGCACCACAGCCCUCCCCAUAGUGUCCCUACCUGACCGCCCGCAGCCAAGACAGCCCACACCACGAGCCCAGCAGAGCAGAGAGGACUGGGUCCCAGCCCACAUCCAGAGACUGGGAAGCCAAGACGGCUGGCCUUUGGACCCCCUCCAUCUGAGACCUGCGCCCGCAACCCUCUUCCCAAUAUCUGCUCCCUCGGGGGAAGUAGGAGCCAGAGAGGCCCAGAUGGCUCCGCCUCCAGCCCAGCCCCACCCCCACCCCUGCUGGGCACAGGCAGCCCUUCCUGGGCAGCAGCCCCUCCUCUGACCCACCCAGAUUCCACAGCACCCCUGGGCCUGGGGCUGAGCGCCUAGCUGCCCAAUCCUCAAGGGGUGGAGCUCAGAGCGGCGGUCUGGGGCGCCCCCUUGUGGAGUCCCACAAACAGGUGCUGGGCGGUGAGGGUGCAGGAAGCCCAACAGGCGGCAGUGCAGCACCCUGGCAGAGAGGGGUCCCAGGGCACGGAGACCUGAAGUCUGAAGAAGGAUGGCGUGUGCAGCUGGCAAGGUCGGGGGUCAGCUGAGCAUGCACCUGCCAGGGCAGGUGACUCAUGAGGCUCUUGAGUGCGUCCAGGGACGGGGGGCGGGGGUCACUGCCUUUCUGAAGGGCAGGAUCCAAACCAGCCCGCUCGCAGAGCACUGCAGUGACCAGGAUACCCUCUGGGGAGGGCUGCAGGAACAGAACAGCCCCCUCCUCACCGACACCUCUGAGUCCUGGCUCCACGCCCACGCUGACCUGUCAGCCACCUGCACGGCCACAGGGCAGCUCAGCCAGGCUUCCACUCUCAGCACUGGGAGAUAUUCUGCCAUUGUCACUGUAGGAGGCGGUCUCAGAGCGCCUCCAUGGGGGGGAGGUCGCUUCAAUAGGUUCCUGGGUCCAACCCCAGACUCACUGAACCAGGAACCGCAGGGGCCUGGGAAUCUGAGUUUUAAGAAGCUCCCCAGGCAGUGCCCCUGCACGUGAGGUUUGAGAACUGGCCCUUCCAAGGCCAAGGCAGGACACAGGUCAAUGCCUAGGCUGGGUGAGGCCUGGGGCAAACUGGGGGCACAGGUCUGAGUAGUGGGGGCACGGCCGCCACCUUGCUCACUGUGGCCUGUCUGCCUGUCUGAGAGGCCAGAGGGACUAAAUUCCCAAGAGAGACAUCCAGGCGCCCUGCCCCUGUGAGCACAGGCGCACGUAUACGCCGUGUCCCACUGUUAAGAGCUGUGAAAGGCUGCUUUGAUUUCUCUGCAAUAAAACAAAACCUGUGUGCUCCAUUCACA